AUGGAAGCUCCAUGUCCAGAUAAAAUUUGGCAAGAUGCUGGUGGUGCAUUCGGUAUUGGUUAUGUUUUAAUGGGUACCAUUAAUUUAAUCACAGGUUUAAGAAGAUCACCAAAAGGUUUAAAAUUAGAAUUUACAGCUAGAAAAAUGAGAUCAAAGACUCCUAAAUUUGGUGGUAACUUUGCAAUUUGGGGUACAUUAUUUAGUGGUAUUGAUUGUAGUUUAGCAUAUAUUAGAAAGAAAGAAGAUACAGUUAAUCCAAUUGCUGCUGGUGCCUUAACUGGUGCUAUUUUAGCAGCUAGAGGUGGUUGGAAAGCUUCAACCCAAGCCGCAGCAUUUGGUGGUGUUUUCAUUGGUCUCAUUGAGGCAUUCCAACAUAUGAUGCAAAGAAAGAUGCAACAACAACACGAAGAACAACAAAGAGCCAUGAUCGAAGAAAGAAAGAAAUACGAAGAAGAAAAGAAAGCAAGAGAAGAGUCAAGAAAACAAAAGAAAAAACAAGAAAAAGAAAAAAGAGAAAUGUAA